AUGGCAGCUGACGGAGACUCUCCCCAGCCAGGGGGACGUGGCAGCACCUGUGAGGUUUCGGUGUCAUUUGAGGAUGUGACUGUGGACUUCAGCAGGGAGGAGUGGCAGCAACUGGACUCUGCCCAGAGACGCCUGUACCAGGAUGUGAUGCUGGAGAACUACAGUCACCUGCUGUCAGUGGGAUUUGAAGUUCCCAAGCCAGAGGCCAUCUUCAAGUUGGAGCAAGGAGAGGGGUCAUGGAUGUUGGAGGAUGAGGCCCCACAUCAGAGCUGUUCAGAUGGGAAGUUUGGGAUUAAGAACUCACAAAAAAGAAUUUCUGGAAAAGCUACAUUUCAUAGUGAAAUGGAGGGUGAAGAUACAAGAGAUGAUUCAUUGUAUUCCAUUUUAAAAGAACUGUGGCAAGAUGCUGAACAGAUAAAGAGAUGUCAGGGAAAACAAAACAAACCUCUGAGUCAUGCUGCUUUCAUCAAUAAGAAAAUAUUGAAUACAGAGUGGGAUUAUGAAUAUAAAGACAUUGGAAAAUUUGUUCAACCAAGCCCAACUCUUAUUCCUUCACAGAAAAGACCCCAUGAACGUGACUCAUUUGGGAAGUGUUUUAAGCAUAAUUUAGACUUACAGAUUCAUAGUAAAAACAAUGCAAUGAAGAACUUUGAUAAAAUUAUUGAACAUGGUCAAGUUUUCACCCAGAGCUCUACUAACCAUGAAAAUAUGCAUACAGGAGUGAAAUUCUGUGAAAGUAAUCAGUGUGGAAAAGUCCUCAGCCUCAAACAUUCACUCAGUCAAAAUCUGAAAUUUCCUGUUGGGGAGAAAGCAAACACAUGUACUGAAUUUGGGAAGAUCUUCACCCCAAAGUCACACCUCUUUGCACCUCAGAGAAUUCAUACUAUGGAAAAACCUCAUGAACUUAGCAAAUGUGUAAAUGUUUUUACACAGAAGCCACUACUUAGUAUAUAUCUGAGAGUUCAUAAAGAUGAAAAACUAUAUAUAUGUACUAAAUGUGGGAAGGCCUUCAUCCAGAAUUCAGAAUUGAUUAUGCAUGAGAAAACUCAUACCAGAGAGAAACCCUAUAAAUGCAGAGAAUGUGGAAAAUCAUUUUUCCAAAUGUCAUCUCUGCUCAGGCAUCAGACAACUCAUACUGGAGAAAAACUCUAUGAAUGCAGCGAAUGUGGGAAAGGCUUCUCCCUGAACUCAGCCCUCAAUGUACAUCAGAAAAUUCAUACUGGAGAGAAACAUCACAAAUGUAAUGAGUGUGGAAAAGCCUUUACCCAAAAAUCAACACUCAGGAUGCAUCAGAGGAUUCACACAGGAGAGAGAUCCUAUAUAUGCACUGAAUGUGGACAGGCCUUCAUCCAGAAAGCACACUUGAUUGCCCAUCAGAGAAUCCAUACUGGAGAGAAGCCUUAUGAAUGCAGUGACUGUGGGAAAUCUUUCCCUUCUAAGUCACAACUCCAGAUGCAUAAGCGAGUUCAUACAGGAGAGAAACCCUAUACAUGCACUGAAUGUGGGAAGGCCUUUACCAACAGGUCAAAUCUCAAUACUCACCAGAAGUCUCACACUGGAGAGAAGUCUUAUAUAUGUGCUGAAUGUGGAAAGGCCUUCACCGACAGGUCAAAUUUCAAUAAACACCAGACCAUUCAUACUGGAGAGAAACCCUACGUUUGUGCCAAUUGUGGGAGGGCCUUCAUCCAGAAGUCAGAAUUAGUUACACAUCAGAAAAUUCAUACUACAGAGAAGCCUUAUAAAUGUCCUGACUGUGAAAAAUCCUUCUCCAAGAAACCACAUCUCAAAGUACAUCAGCGAAUUCACACAGGAGAGAAACCAUAUAUAUGUGCCGAAUGUGGGAAGGCCUUCACUGACAGGUCAAAUUUCAAUAAACAUCAGACAAUUCAUACUGGAGAUAAACCCUAUAAGUGCGGUGACUGUGGAAAGGGCUUCACCCAGAAAUCAGUUCUUAGUAUGCAUCGCAGUAUUCAUACAUGA